CUGAGCUGGGCCCAGCCUCUCCCCUGCCUCUCCUCGGUCCCAGCUCCCGGCGAGCAGCGGAGGCCUGAGUCCCCCACCACCACUCAGGGAGGAGAGGGAGCUACAGGGGGCCCACGGCUGUAUGCAAGUGACAUUCCUGAUCAGAGGGUGGGGUUGCAGCUUCCCUCACAGCAGAAGUAGCUCUACAGUGCCAGGGGACUCUGGGCUCCCUCAACUUCUGAACUGGCUUCCUCUCUCCUCCCAGGCAGGACAGGAACCAGGGGCCUGUGGGGUGGAUCAUAUUGUUUUCUCAGGCCUCCGUGGAAGUAGCCCCCAGGGGUGGGGUCUCUAGGCCUGUGUUCCCAGUGGGGGCUAGGUCCCUGGUACUCGGAGGCUCCAGCCAGCGUUCCCCUCCCUGUUUGUGCUUUCCUGCCCACCUAACUCCCUAGCACUUCACCCCUUGCUCCCUUCCUCUCUUACAGGCCUGUCUGAAGAGCAUGCAGCCCCCUCACUCCCCGCCUGGCUUCGCCAUCCCUGCCCCCCCAGCCUGACCCCCGGCCCCAGCAUGGCCCAGGGUGCCAUGCGCUUCUGCUCGGAAGGCGACUGUGCCAUCUCCCCACCACGAUGCCCUCGCCGCUGGCUCCCGGAAGGCCCAGUGCCCCAGAGCCCCCCCGCCAGCAUGUAUGGCAGCACAGGCUCUCUGCUUCGGCGAGUAGCAGGUCCAGGUCCCCGAGGCCGGGAACUGGGACGUAUGACAGCACCCUGUACACCUCUGCGUGGGCCCCCCUCACCCCGUGUGGCUCCCUCGCCCUGGGCACCCUCUUCACCCACUGGGCAGCCUCCACCAGGGGCCCGGAGCUCCGUGGUCAUCUUCCGCUUUGUGGAGAAGGCCAGUGUGAGGCCACUGAAUGGGCUACCGGCUCCAGGAGGCUUGAGUCGGAGCUGGGACCUGGGCGGAGUUUCUCCUCCCAGACCCACCCUAGCCCUUGGGCCUGGCUCCAACCGGAAGUUUCGGCUGGAGGCAUCCACAUCAGACCCCCUCCCAGCUGGACGAAGCUCAGCCCUUCCUGGCAGCCGGGACGCUGUCCGGGGGCCAUCAGUUGCAUCCCAGAUUGGGGCAGAUGGCCUCUACUCCUCUCUCCCCAAUGGCCUGGGGGGGCCCCCUGAGCACCUGGCCACGCUCUUCCGAGGACCUGCUGACACUGGAUUCCUGAACCAGGGGGACACCUGGCCCUCCCCCUGGGAAGUCUCCUCUCGUGCCCAGAGAAUCGCUCGAGCCAAAUGGGAAUUCUUCUAUGGCUCCUUGGACCCCCCCAGCUCAGGUGCUAAGCCCCCAGAGCAGGCCCCCCCAUCCGCAGCUGGGGCGGGCGCAGGGCAGAGCUCUGGGGUGUCUGUGGGGCGAGCAGCCAAGUGCUCCGAGACGGACCUGGACACGGUGCCCCUGAGGUGCUACCGCGAGACUGACAUCGAUGAGGUGCUGGCCGAGCGGGAGGAGGCUGAUUCCGCCAUCGAGAGCCAGCCGAGCUCUGAGCGCCUGCCUGGCACUGCCCGCCUGCCUGCCCCACGUCCUGGCCCAUGCCUGGGCCCUGGUUCCAGCUUGGGCAGUGGCGAUGAGGAUGAAGAUGAGGCAGGCGGGGAAGAGGAUGUGGACGACGAGGUGUUUGAAGCCUCAGAGGGGGCCCGGCCAGGGAGCCAGAUGCCUCACUCUGGGCCUCUCAAGUCACCUGUGCCCUUUCUUCCUGGGACCAGCCCCUCAGCGGAUGGGCCUGACUCUUUUAGUUGUGUGUUUGAAGCCAUCCUGGAGUCACACCGGGCCAAGGGCACCUCCUGCACCAGCCUCGCCUCGCUGGAGGCCUUGGCCUCACCUGGCCCAACCCAGAGCCCCUUCUUCACCUUUGAGCUGCCUCCCCAACCCCCUGCCCCCCGGCCCGACCCACCUGCUCGUGCCCCACUUGCCCCUCUUGAACCGGAUUCUGGUACCAGCUCCGCUGCUGAUGGUCCUUGGACACAGAGAGGGGAGGAGGAGGCAGAGCCGGGAACCAAGCUGGUCCCGGGGAGGGAGCCCCCUAGUCCCUGCCACUCGGAGGACAGCCUUGGGCCGGGGGCAGCACCCCUUGGCAGCGAAACACCUCUGAACCCGCUGGUGUCUGACUCGGACUCAGAGCUGGACAGCACAGAGCGGCUGGCUCUGGGGAGCACAGACACCUUGUCCAACGGGCAGAAAGCGGACCUGGAGGCCGCGCAGCGCCUAGCCAAGAGGCUGUACCGACUAGACGGCUUCAGGAAGGCCGACGUGGCCCGGCACCUUGGCAAGAACAAUGACUUCAGCAAACUGGUGGCUGGCGAGUACCUCAAGUUCUUUGUCUUCACGGGCAUGACGCUGGAUCAGGCUCUCAGGGUGUUUCUGAAAGAGCUGGCCUUAAUGGGCGAGACCCAGGAACGGGAGCGUGUGCUGGCCCACUUCUCCCAGCGAUACUUCCAGUGCAAUCCGGAAGCCCUGUCCUCAGAGGACGGCGCCCACACGCUGACCUGCGCCCUCAUGCUACUCAACACCGAUCUCCAUGGUCACAACAUCGGGAAACGCAUGACCUGCGGAGACUUCAUCGGGAACCUGGAGGGCCUCAACGAUGGAGGCGACUUCCCCAGGGAGCUGCUCAAGGCCUUAUACAGCUCCAUCAAGAAUGAAAAGUUGCAGUGGGCCAUAGACGAGGAGGAGCUGCGACGCUCUCUGUCUGAGUUGGCCGACCCCAACCCCAAGGUCAUCAAGCGGGUCAGCGGGGGCAGCGGCAGCAGCUCCAGCCCUUUCCUGGACUUGACUCCCGAGCCGGGCGCUGCCGUCUACAAGCACGGGGCCCUGGUGCGAAAGGUGCACGCAGACCCUGACUGCAGGAAGACACCUCGGGGCAAGCGGGGCUGGAAGAGCUUCCACGGAAUCCUCAAGGGCAUGAUCCUCUACCUGCAGAAGGAGGAGUACCAGCCUGGCAAGGCCCUUUCAGAGGUGGAGCUCAAGAAUGCCAUCAGCAUCCACCACGCCCUGGCCACACGCGCCAGUGACUACAGCAAGAGGCCCCACGUCUUCUACCUGCGCACAGCGGACUGGCGCGUCUUCCUCUUUCAGGCCCCGAGCCUGGAGCAGAUGCAGUCCUGGAUCACUCGCAUCAAUGUGGUGGCUGCCAUGUUCUCUGCACCUCCCUUCCCAGCUGCUGUUAGCUCCCAGAAAAAGUUCAGCCGCCCCCUGCUGCCCAGCGCUGCCACCCGCCUCUCCCAGGAGGAGCAGGUGCGGACCCACGAGGCCAAGCUGAAGGCCAUGGCAAGUGAGCUGCGGGAGCACCGGGCUGCCCAGCAGGGCAAGAAAGCCCGCGGCAAGGAGGCUGACGAGCAGCGGCAGAAGGAGGCCUACCUGGAGUUUGAGAAAUCCCGCUACGGCACCUACGCUGCGCUGCUUCGGAUCAAGCUGAAGGCAGCGGCCGAAGAGCUGGAUGCGGUCGAGGCAGCGCUGACCCAGGCCGGGUGCGCCGAGGACGGACUCCCUCCUUCUCACUCCAGUCCCUCCCUGCAGCCCAACCCUUCCAGCCAGCCCCGGGCUCAGCGUCACAGCUCCGAGCCUCGGGCAGGGGCAGGCAGUGGGCGGUGGAAGCCCUGAGCUGGGGGUGGGA